AUGGCGGCGGCGGCGGCGCGCGGGGCCCUGGCGGGGAUCCUGCGGCGCUGUAUCCCCCGAGCGCUGCCGCUCGGCGGCCCCUCCGCCCGGUGCGCGGGGCACGGACCGGCCCCGGCCCCGCUCUGGACCCCGCGGGUGCUCAGCGAGAACCGGCCCCGCGCAGGGACACGCUCGGUGCUCAGCAGUGUCACACCUCUACUUCCAAGUUUACUCCAGCAGCCAGUGAGGACCCUCACCUACUGCAGCGCACGGAAGGGAAAGAGGAAAAGUGUGAAAUCUGUGGUCAAGAGGUUCCUCCGGCUGCACAACGGCCUCUGGGUUAGGAGAAUGUCAGGUUAUAAGAAGAGGCUGUGGAAGAAAUCAGCUGCCCAGAAGAAGCGUUUGAGGGAGUUGGUGUUGUGCACGAGGACACAGUGUAAGCUCCUGGAUAAAAUGACCACUUCCUUCUGGAAAAGAAGGAACUGGUACGUUGAUGACCCCUACCAGAAGUACCACGACCGCACGAAUCUCCGUGUGUAGAAAUCUUGGGUUUGCACAUCUCUGGGAAAGGGGCAGCAGUCCUGUGGCAUGGUCUGGGUUUUGGACCAUACAUCUGUGGUUUUUUAAAUAAACAUGUACGUAUCGUCUGAGCAGAGUUAUGAGAAUCAAUGCCCACAAUAAAGGAAUACUCAAAUUUAUCUUCA